CGGUAAAAUGGUAAAUAAUGCGAACUUACGUCAAUAUAGCCCCUUGAAACUUAAAAACAAGCAAAUAGGUCCUUGAAUGUUCCAAAGUGCGGCAAGUUAGCCUUUUGUUAACACAUUAACUGAUUUGACAAUUAUAAAAAAUUAUUUAACAUUAAUGCAUUAAUAUUGUUGCAAUUCAACGAAAUUAACAACUAAAUUGAAAUUAUUUAUUUUCUUUUAAUUAUCAAAUAAAUGUGCAAUAAUGACAAUUAUUUAUUUUAUUAGUCACAUUAGCUAAAAUUAACAAAAACUAUCAUUAACAAGGGCUAAUUUACUCUAAUUGCAUAUUUAAGGACUUAAUUAUUUGCAUUUUUUUAAUUUAGGAGUAAAGUUGAUAGCUUAAGGAGUGGUUUUCCCCAUUCUUUUUCACUUGUUGAGUCUUAAUAAUUUGUAUCAACUGCAUAGAGCCUUUCACUAGAGAAAAGGAGUGGCAAAAAAUGUUACAUGCUAGGUGCCAGGGGCCUCGAAAUUACCUGGGGUGAUACUCCUGCAUAUUGGAAGUGGAUCUCCGUACCCGAUUCAAGGUUCAAUGAGGUUACGAUGCUUAGACAGGUUUGGUGGUUUGAAAUCCGUGGGAAGAUUAGUACUUCCAUCCUUUCCCCGGCGACGCGUUAUAAGGCUUACAUUGUGUUGAAGCUAACAGAUAAUGCUUAUGGACUUGAAAACCUACCUUUUGAGGCAUAUGUUGGACCUGUUGGACUUGCUGGAAUUGAA